GGCGACGUUCAGUUCGGCGGCGUCCGAGGGGUGCAGCCCCGCGUCGUGAAGCAGAAAGAACGCUCGAAGGGGGCUCUCCUGACGUUGACAGUCGACGGUUUAAAACCUCGCUAGACAUUUCACUGUAUAUAUGCCUUCUUUCCUGGGUCCACGGGAAGCAUGAGCCUGUUGGGACUUGGGACAAGAAGAAACCAAGACAUCUUUACAAGGAAAUCCAGAUACUAACAGAAAGUGCCCCAAAGUCUGAAGAGAUAGAACUCAAACAUGACCGACAGAGGACUUAGGGAUCCUCCAGAGGACCCUCAAAAGGAUUUGGAAAAUGAUCCAUCACUAAAUACUCAGGAGACUACAGUCACUACAAGUACCACUGAAGAAGCUCAGACCCCAGACCCUGCCCCUGGGCUUAACAAAGACCACCAAGAGGUAGAAACAAUUGGCCCAGGAAGUACAGAUACAGAUGCUCAAUCAGAAAAUCCAGACGAAACAGAUUAUGGGAAAUAUGCAAAGGUUACAGAAGGUGAGAACAGCCAGAGUUUUCAGGGUGGAGAACAAGGCCAUCAGCUCCCUUCAGAGAGUCUGAGUGAAGACCCUGUGGAUCCAGAACCCAAGUGUUCUCCAGGUGACAAGGUAGGAAGAACAGACGUACACAUAGUGGGCAGCUCUGCAGCCUUCCCUGAGCACGUCAGUGAUGGAGCCGGAGCAUCUCAGGAGCCACCAGUCGUUGACCCUCAGGAUGCCCAGAGCCCUGGCCAUUCCAGUGCAGGGCUGGAGAGCCAGCACACACUGAGGAAGCGACUGCUGGCACCAGAGGCUGAGAGACAUCAACAAGAAACACAAGAACUGGAAGAAAACAAAGAGAAGAAUGCACAGGAUACCAUAAGAAGGACUGAUAAAAAGGAUUUUUUGAGCUAUGGCUCCAUCUUUCUUUGCUUCCUGGUUCUUACCAUAGUUUUGCUCAGUUCUGUUAGUAGCUACUAUUCGUCUCCAGCACAGCAAGUCCCCAAAAAUCCAGCUUUGGAGGCUUUCUUGGUUCAUUUUAGCCAACUGAAGGAUAAAUUUCCAGGCCAGAGUUCCUUUCUGUGGCAGAGAGGACGAAAAUUUCUCCAGAAGCACCUCAAUGCUUCACACCCCAGUGAGCCAGCCACCAUCAUAUUCACAGCAGCCCGAGAGGGAAGAGAGACCCUGAAGUGCCUCAGCCACCAUGUCGCGGAUGCCUACACAUCUGCUCAGAAGGUCUCUGCCAUUCAGAUUGAUGGAGCUGGGAAAACCCUGCAGGACAGUGAUAAGGUCAAGCAUUCAGUUGACAUGGAGCUUAGCUCUGGAUUUGAAAAGGGCCAGAAGGCAGCUGUGGUCCAUCGCUUUGAAUCCCUUCCUGCAGGCUCCACCUUGAUUUUCUAUAAGUAUUGUGACCAUGAGAACGCUGUCUUUAAAGAUGUGGCCCUGGUCCUGACCGUCCUACUGGAGGAGGAAACGUUAGAAGCAAGCGUCAGCCCAAGGGAGACCGAAGAGAAAGUGCGGGAUUUACUCUGGGCGAGGUUUACCAACUCUAACACUCCCAGCUCCUUCAACCACAUGGAUUCAGACAAACUGAGUGGGCUGUGGAGCCGUAUUUCCCACCUGGUGCUGCCCGUCCAGCCAGUGAGGAGCAUAGAAGAACGGGGCUGCUUUGUAUAAGCUAAGCACAGAGGUGGUUUUGGUCAGCAUGGGGUUAUUAAAAAGUUAGUUGAAAAGCCUUUUUAUGUGGAAGGAGGUUGAUGAAUGUGAGGCAAUGCCUGGAAAGCACAAACAAGCUUAUUUUAGAAAAGAAAUUUUCAUUUUUUACCUUCUGUAAAAUCUUUCUAAUCUAAGCUUGGCAAAGCUAAAAGUUGACCUGACUUUCUUUCCUUGCCUUUCAAGUGAAUCAGGUAUAUACAACUGAGGAAUUUUUUCCAAUCCAAAAAUAGAGCAACAGAAUGAUUAAAUGGGAAGAUAAUCUUCUCAC